UUCUAUUAUAGGCCUACAAUAUUCAUGGUAACACAUUGACAGCUGGACUACUGGUAAGCCUAUUCUGAACUACAAGUAGGCCUAUUCGGGAAAGGAGAUAUAUAUUUAUUCUGGAUUACAUGUGGUAGGCCUGAAACCAGUGUUCUUCAAAGAACUAUUUAAAGGCAUGUUCAGAUUUCGUCUUUGGAUUUCGUACGCACUUCUGUUAAUUUUCACUUGGUACACCUGUCUCAAAGUUUGUUAUGGAUCGCCGGAUGAGAAGCGGUUGCUAAGGGAUAUCAUGGCAAACUAUAGCUCAGUUGUACGUCCAGUAAAUAAUGUUAAAGACAACGUAACUGUUAAAUUUGGAGUGGCUAUAAAUCAGAUCAUCGAUAUGGACGAAAAACAUCAGAUAAUUACAAUUAAUGUUUGGAUUAGGAUGCAAUGGACGGAUGAUAACUUCUACUGGAAUGCAUCACAUUAUGGAGAAAGUGGAGUAUUAACAUUACCCCCAGCGUCUGUCUGGAAGCCGGAUAUCGUUCUGUACACUAAUGUCGACAGCGGCUUCAAUGGCAUGAUGGAAACCAGUGUUUCGGCAUAUUCGAACGGUAUUGUUGUUUGGAACGCUCCAGCAAUUUACAGAAGUACUUGCAAAAUUGACGUCAGAUACUUCCCAUUUGAUGAACAAAUGUGCGUCUUAAAGUUCGGCUCAUGGGCCUACCAUGGCUUCCAAUUGGACAUCGUCAACAGGUCGAUAGCCGGAGACAUCUCCACCUUCAUCGACAACGGCGAAUGGAUACUUAUCGGUAUGCCUGUCAAACGAAACGUGUAUUAUUACAAUUGUUGUUCUGAGCCAUAUCCCACCGUCGAGUUCACAAUGAUUAUCAGAAGAAGGCCACUGUUUUACCUGUUCAACCUGUUGAUCCCAUGUAUGCUGAUUACCAUGUUGACUUUGCUUGAUUUUUAUCUACCAGCUGAGGCAGGUGAGAAGGUGACGCUAGCGAUCACUAUUCUCCUAGCUCUUACUGUGUUCCUACUUCUAGUAGCGGAGACGAUGCCACCGACGUCGGAAACAGUUCCGCUAAUCGGUCAGUAUUUUGCCGCAAGCAUUUUUCUGGUCUCCGUGUCGACAGUGAUGACUGUAUAUGUUCUACACAUACACUAUCGUUUGCCAGGCACAAAACCUGUGCCGCGUUGGAUGCGCGUAUGGAUCAUUGGGCGUCUGGGGUCCUUAAUUUGUAUGAAUAAAGACUUCAGAGUAAACCCAGAACCAAGUGAAUCAAAUGCCGAGAAAAUGGUCGUCGAGAACAAUCUUUUAGUCAAACAUACCCAUGAAAUGACUGAACACACAAUAAAGAUCGAUAACACACAGCCCUCAAUACAUUACAAAGAUUUUGAGAAAGCUGUAGAAAGCAUCGUCACAGAGUUGAAGCACUUAAGGGAAAUAAGCGAGCAAAAAGAUAGAGAAGACGACAUCUUAGCAGAAUGGAAGAAAUUAGCUAUGGUCAUAGAUCGACUAUUUUUCUGGAUUUUCUUAAUAUCUGCAGUUUCUUGUACUGCGGGUAUCUUGUUACAAAAUAAGCCUUUCACAGAUUUGUAUUUGUAGUACCGGUACUGUAUAUAUAUAUACAGUACAUAUACAUUUGCCGUAUUAAAGUUUAGGUUGGUAUGACCAUGGCGCCUAACACCUAAAUAUUUUAAAAGUUUAAUAUAGUUAUCGUGUACAAAAGACCACACCUUACAUCCACAACCUCAACCAACAACCCACAACAUCUGACCAUGGAGAUAAUUAUAACUCAUGCUCUAAUGUAGAGAAAUGACAAAGGCAUUAAAGUGCUAGAGAUAUCAUGUUAGAAAAAUGUACCAACUAUAUAAUUUUAUGUUGACCGUGGAUAUAUUGAUAAAUAAGAUGUACAGGUUCAUAUUAGUACUGUAUAAAUUAAUCUUCACUGACUUUUUACGAUGUUUUCGUAGUCCCAUUUCAUGUUUAAUGUUUGUAAUACAAAAUUAAUAUGUUUUUAAUCAAAUUUUAUAUUUUGUAUAUUUAUUUAAUCUAUUGUAUAAUGACAUUCAAAUUUUGACUGAAUCUCGUUGUCACAAUAAACAUUUCUUGUUUUUAUUUUAAUUCUUUAAUUUCAUAGUUUGUCACAAAUGGUAAGUCUAGGAAGUUGUAAGAACACUUAAUAAUUAUAUAGUCUGCCACAUAAUCUAGAAGAAUCUCUACCAUUCAAUUAAAUUAUUGAAUGGCCCAAUUAAAAGGAUCAUUUACAGUAAGUUAUAAUUUACAAUAAUAAACUUGUAACUCAAUCAGUUUUCGUUGAUUUACUAUUAAAAAAAAAGCACCGAGCAUAUCAUUUUAGGAUUGAUGUAUGUCUUUCGGACUUGGACAACUCUACGGUUAAAUUCUGACCAUAAGAUCAAUCAAUCAAUCAAUCUUUAUUUUUUCAAACAACAACAUAAACUUCACAACAAGGUAUAAAAUACAAUUAAACAAUCGAGAUUAAUAAAAAAAAAACUUGACAAUUCAUGAAAAAGUUUGUCUGAAACAUUUUAAAAGCAUGCAUGUAGACCUAUAUAUUGCUUUGAGAUUAUAAAUUUUAUUAUCUCCGCCAGGAAGAUAUAUAUGUUUUCAGUCGUGUAAGUUUGUGUGUGUGGGUAUGUCACAUUUUGGUGUUUUCGUGUGGUUUAUUGUGUUCAAAAUAUCUCAAAAACGGCUGCACAGACAUCAUCGAAAAUAACAGGGAGUGUUAGGUAUAACCCAAUGAAGAAAUGAUUAAAUUUUGGUGACGGUUUUCAGUAGGGUGUGGAUGUGAGGACCAUUUACAGGGAUUUAAUUUAAGCAAACGUUCAAGACAAGAUAUUUCAAAUACUAAUCAACUGAUAUGAAUGAAAUGUUUGUGAAAGUUACAAGGAAGAAAUUAUUAAGUGUUGGUGACAACCCAAAUUUGGGUUUGAACUGGAGAGUCAUUAAAAUGUUACGGUCCUGCA